AUGAUUGAGUUAGGGAAGGCAAUUGUCAAGCAUUAUGGUGGUGUACCAUUGGCAAUUAUGGUAUUAGGAGGACUUUCGACAACAAAAAACAAACUGCUUGAGUGGAAGAAGGUGAGUAAAAACAUUAGUUAUGACUUAAGUAAAGGCAAAAGCCAGGGAGGAAUCCCAAUAACAGAUAUUUUAGCCUUAAGCUACCAAGACUUGCCUUACCAUCUUAAGGUGUGCUUUUUGUAUUUGAGCCAUCUUCCCGAAGAUUGUGUUAUUCGUGCAAAAAAAUUGAUUCAAAUGUUGAUGGUUGAAGGCAUUGUAUUGGCGUCAUCAAUACCAACACGAGUAGGAGAAGUGGAAGAGGAAACAAUAUUGGAUGUUGGAAUGAGUUAUUUGGGUGAGCUAGUCCAGAGAUGCAUGUUUCAAGUCCAAUUAACAAGGUUCAACAAAAGGAUUAAACUUUGUCGCCUCCACGUUCUCAUGAGAGACUUAUGCAUGUUGAAGGCCAAAGAGGAGAAUUUUCUCGAGAUUGUUCACAUUAAAGGCUUUGGUCAUCAACUCACAUGGGUAGACCCUGCACCGCCUUCUUCAUCAUCAUCAUUAACAACAAUUCGCAGAGUUGUCGUGUACUAUUUGAGUGACCGUGAUGCCAACUCUAUGGAAAGCGGAAAUGUUAUUGCCUUAUCUGGACAUGAAAUGAAGAAUCACCACCAUAACCGAUCAUGCCAAUUUUACUCUUUUGGCAAUGAAUUGGAAAGUUCUGGUUGGCAAAAAUUAAAAUUACUCUUCAAGGGCCUCACAUUGAUUACAGUUUUAGACCUUGAAAGGAUUACUAUAUCUGCGAAAGGAAAAAAGUUUCCGAGAGCAAUAGGAAACCUAAUUUACUUGAGGUAUUUAAGUAUAAGAGAAUCUAAUACUAUUACAAGUUUGUCUUCCUCUAUAGGCAACUUGGGAUUCCUCCAAACCCUAGAUUUAAGGAGAUGGAGCAUCAGCAGUUUAAGAAUACCUAAUGUCUUGUGGAGGUUGAAACAAUUGAGACCUCUGUAUCUUCCUUCUCAAAUCAAGUUGGCUGGUACAAAUAAGUUGCAAUUGGAUAGUUUAAACAAAUUGGAGACGCUAGCGUACUUUGAUACAAAGUAUUGUGAUGUCAGAUGCUUAUCUAAAUUGACAAAUCUUCGAAAAUUCAGUGGUCAGGUAGCCCCCAAAGACUUGGUUGUGAUGUUGAAAUCCCUAAUCCUCAACAAUUCAAACUGCCUUCUGCGAUAUUCGUCCUUCUGGAUUAGUGGAGAUUUCCAAACGUUUGAAGAACAAAGCCUUCUAAGAGGAAGACCCAAUGCCAACAUCGGAGAAGUUGCCCAACUUAAGGAGUCUCAUCUUAGUUUGGAAUUCCUACAUUGGGAAGGAGAUGGUUUGUUCUUCUGCACCAACAACACCAUCCAGCAGCAGCAGAGGUUUUCCUCAGCUCAAAUCUUAUUGCUUGAGUCUAUUCGAAACUUGGAGGAGUGGAAGGUGGAACAAGGAGCCAUGCCCUAUCUCUUCCGUUUAGUAAUUGUUGACUGCCCAAAAUUGAACGAGAUUCCAAACAGAUUGAGGUUCAUUACCAACCUCCAUGAAUUGCAGAUCCAAAGGGUAUCUGAAGCACUCAGAGACAGGCUUAGAGAAGGAGGAGAGGACUUCUACAAAGUCCACCACGUGCCUUCAGUCGCAAUUCCCUGA